GGGCGCCUGCAAGUCGGGUGCGCGGCUCGGGGGCGGCUCGGAAACCCCAGCGGAAGGCAGCAAGGGGCGCGUGGGGCCGUGGAGUCACGAAGCUGGGCGGCAGGAGGGGCGGUCUGGAGCUCCCGCGGGGCACAGCGCGUGCGUGAGGGCGGCCGGCGGGGCUGCCCGGCGCGGGUGUCCCGGCGAUGUGUGGCGCUGAGGCGGCGGCGGGAGCAGCGGCGCCGAGCUCUGCUUCGGCUUCGGCUUCGGCUUCGCGGCGGUGCAGGCGGCGGAGGCGGAGGCGCAGGCUCCUCUUUAGGACCUGGCGAGCCCGGGUUUAAGCGGCGGCCCCGCGAGGCCCUUGCACAGCGCCCCGGGUCGAGGACCUCCCCGCCUCGCCCUACCCCGGGAGCCUGCCUCCCAAGCUGGGGAUGAGGCUAGGAGGCGGCCGCGCGGGGCCCAGCACAAAGACUUGUCCCCAGGGGCCGCCGCCUCCGCCGCUGCUGCUGCCGCCAGCCUAGAGCCGCCCGCCGAAGCAGAGCCGGCGCCGGGGUCCUCAUCCCCACCGGUCCCGAGGGGCGGCUGCUGCCCGUCGCCACGAGGCCCAGGGGCCGGAGUGCCGAGCCCUUUGCUCCCUCGGCCGCGCGGGGACAGGGCGGCUGAGCAGCCUCCGCCUCUCCCGGCUGUGGGGGCCCCACUGAGUAUGUCGGAGGAGAGCGACAUGGAGAAAGCCAUCAAGGAAACUUCCAUUUUAGAAGAAUACAGUAUCAAUUGGACUCAGAAGCUGGGAGCUGGAAUUAGUGGUCCAGUUAGAGUCUGUGUAAAGAAAUCUACUCAAGAACGGUUUGCACUGAAAAUUCUUCUUGAUCGUCCAAAAGCUAGAAAUGAGGUACGUCUGCACAUGAUGUGUGCCACACACCCAAACAUAGUUCAGAUUAUUGAAGUGUUUGCUAACAGUGUCCAGUUUCCCCAUGAGUCCAGCCCUAGGGCCCGACUCUUAAUUGUAAUGGAGAUGAUGGAAGGGGGAGAGCUAUUUCACAGAAUCAGCCAGCACCGGCACUUUACAGAGAAGCAAGCCAGCCAAGUAACAAAGCAGAUAGCUUUGGCUCUGCGGCACUGUCACUUGUUAAACAUUGCGCACAGAGACCUCAAGCCUGAAAAUCUGCUUUUUAAGGAUAACUCUUUGGAUGCCCCAGUGAAGUUGUGUGACUUUGGAUUUGCCAAGAUUGACCAAGGUGACUUGAUGACACCCCAGUUCACCCCUUAUUAUGUAGCACCCCAGGUACUGGAGGCACAAAGAAGGCAUCAGAAGGAGAAAUCUGGCAUCAUACCUACCUCACCGACGCCCUACACUUACAACAAGAGCUGUGACUUGUGGUCCCUAGGGGUGAUUAUCUAUGUGAUGCUGUGCGGAUACCCUCCUUUUUACUCCAAACACCACAGCCGGACUAUCCCAAAGGAUAUGCGAAGAAAGAUCAUGACAGGCAGUUUUGAGUUCCCAGAGGAAGAGUGGAGUCAGAUCUCAGAGAUGGCCAAAGAUGUUGUGAGGAAGCUCCUGAAGGUCAAACCGGAGGAGAGACUCACCAUCGAGGGAGUGCUGGACCACCCCUGGCUCAAUUCCACCGAGGCCCUGGAUAAUGUGCUGCCUUCUGCUCAGCUGAUGAUGGACAAGGCAGUGGUUGCAGGAAUCCAGCAGGCUCACGCGGAACAGUUGGCCAACAUGAGAAUCCAGGAUCUGAAAGUCAGCCUCAAACCCCUGCACUCAGUGAACAACCCCAUUCUGCGGAAGAGGAAGUUACUUGGCACCAAGCCAAAGGACAGUGUCUAUAUCCACGACCAUGAGAAUGGAGCCGAGGAUUCCAAUGUUGCCUUGGAAAAACUCCGAGAUGUGAUUGCUCAGUGUAUUCUCCCCCAGGCUGGAGAGAAUGAAGAUGAGAAACUGAAUGAAGUAAUGCAGGAGGCUUGGAAGUAUAACCGGGAAUGCAAACUCCUAAGAGAUACUCUGCAGAGCUUCAGCUGGAAUGGUCGUGGAUUCACAGAUAAAGUAGAUCGACUAAAACUGGCAGAAAUUGUGAAGCAGGUGAUAGAAGAGCAAACCACGUCCCACGAAUCCCAAUAAUGACAGCUUCAGACUUUGUUUUUUUAACAAUUUGAAAAAUUAUUCUUUAAUGUAUAAAGUAAUUUUAUGUAAAUUAAUAAAUCAUAAUUUCAUUUCCACAUUGAUUAAAGUUGCUGUAUAGAUUUAGGGUGCAGGACUUAAUAAUAGUAUAGUUAUUGUUUGUUUUUAAGAAAAGCUCAGUUCUAGAGAGAUACUAUUACUUUAGGACUGUGUAGUUGUAUAUUUGUAAGAUGACAGAUGAUGCUGUCAAGCAAUAUUGUUUUAUUUGUAAUAAAAUAUACAAAAAUCACUUGCCAGCAGUAGAAAAAGGACCGACUAUACCGACCUUUCUGAUUAGUAAACAGUUGAAUCAA